CAAUUUUUUUUUUUAAAAAAAAAAAAAAACGUUAGGACAAUUUUACUUUUCGCUAAGAACCUGCUAGGGUUUCUUUGUUUUGGGAUCACGAGUUUUGAAGUCUGUAAAAUAAAUGUGAGAUUCACGAUAUUUUUUAGGGCAAAUCAUUUCAGCUCUCCAAUCGCCUCCAUCUCUAUUCUCGUUCUCAACUCUGAACUUGCCCCCUCCCUCUCUCUGUAACUGCAAACUACAAAAACUACAAGAAUCAGAAGUUCAAAACCCAUAUAGUUCAGUUUUAUCUAUCUGUCUGCAAGAAUCAGAAGUUCAAAACCCAUAUCGGCAUAUGAUUUCAGAUUGUUCAAAAAAUCAAAACCCAUACCUUUCAGUUUCCAUCGCCCGCUGUUCCAGUUCGGGUUCCCCGUUCGCAAGCUUCAGCAACUGGCUCUCAACUCUCAAGCUUGCCCCCCUCUCUCUCUGCAACUGCUAACUUUAUAAAGUAACAAAAUUUGCAUUGCAUUUUGAGGGUUAGCAUCGGGCCUUAACAUUUAGCAAGAACAAGGUUCGAGAAACAUGCCUCCUCAGUCAUCAGGUUUCUUUUCUAAAAGAAGAGAGUUGAUGGGAAUGGGUGGUGUUGGCAAAAAGUAAAUAAGAAGGGUUUGGACAUGAAUCACCACAAAAUGGGGAUACUGGGGGAAAAGAUUCUGCACAAAACACUUAUGAAAUGUCUGGACAAGCUAAUUCAGGAGGAUCUGAUGAUGGAAGAUCUGAUGAUGAGUUCAAGUUCAACACUACCUUUGAAGGGUCUGGACAUGAGUCACCCCAAAAUGGGAAUACUGGGGGAAAGGAUUCUGCUAGUUCUGGGUCUGGAGACGUACCACCAAUUGGGGAUAAUACUAGGGAAAAUGGUUUUGCACAAAAUACAUCUUUGGUCUUGAUAUCUUUGGAAAUGUCUGGACAAGCUAACUCAGGAGGAGGAUCUGAUGAUGGAGGAUCUGAUAAUGAGUUCAAGUUCAACAUUACCUUUGAUACCGUGGUGUGGAUCCAAUUUGUAGCUCUGGUGGUGGGCGGAUUGUCUUUAGGCCUGCAGUAUCUCACCUACCUUGACGAAUAUGAAUCAAAGAAGCUGGCAAGAGAAUCUUUAAUGCAGGGGGAGAAUCUGUAAAGCAGCUGAAAACGAUGGUAGACACUCUUGGUAGAAUUGAGCUGCAGGGAAAGACCUCUUGGUGGAAUCGCUUUUUGGGGCUUUUUCGGUAAGUUGUUGUGGUUCUAUCUUUUACUUAUGAAGACAUGAGACUUAAUUCUCAUCUUGGAUUCUGUAUUAUUUUGUGUGCAAGUUGGCAGUCGGUUAGACCAAUCGUUUAUAUACCCUUAUAUUUGUGGCCAUUGGAUCAGAUCAAAUUUGAUCCAAUGGCUAUUAUUAUCAAAAUCCUUAUAUUGUUUAGGUCAUGAAUCUCACAUUCUGCUCCACGCCGCUCCUUUGAGAUUCAAGAGGCUGCUCGACUGCUAUUCAAGAAAUUCCAAAAGUGCUCCAACAAUGGCAACGAAAGCUCUCCUGUUUGUACGUAGAUUCCGGAAUCUACCAAUUCCCUCCCCAAUGUUGAGACGUUCUUCUUCUCUUAUUUCUCCCACCAUGACACCAUUCUUGGACAAAUGGAAGCCUCUCCAUCCCAUUCCGCCUAAAUCCUAAUGUGCAUUUUCGGUGGUUCCCCCAUUUUUCGGUUUUUCUUCUCUGCCAUUGUCCCCAUUUUUCGGUGGUAUACUAGGGAAAUGAUUCUGCACAAAAUAGAUCUGUGGUCUUGCAUUCUUCAGAAAUGUCUGGACAAGCUAAUUCAGGAGGAUCUGAUGAUGGAAGAUCUGAUGAUGAGUUCAAGUUCAACACUACCUUUGAUACCGUGGUGGAUCCAAUUUGUAGCUCUGGUGGUGGCCGGAUUGUCUUUUGGCCUGCAGUGUCUCACCUACCUUGACGAAUAUGAAUCAAAGAAGCUGGCAAAAGAAUCUUUAAUGCAGGGGGAGAAUCUGUAAAGCAGCUGAAAACGAUGGUAGACACUCUUGGCAGAAUCGAGCUGCAGGGAAAGACUGAGCUGCAGGGAAAGACCUCUUGGCGGAAUCGUUUUUUGGGGCUUUUGUUGGUAAGUUGUUGUGGUUCUAUCAUUUACUUUGAAGACAUGAGACUUAAAUCUCUUUUUGGAUUCUGUAUUAUUUUGUGUGCAAGUGUACCAGUCGGUUAGACUGAAGAUGAAAGAUGAAUUUAAAAAUAGACGAUGUAUUAUUUUGUGUGCAAGUUUUGACCAUCGGUUAAUUUAAGCACAAUUUAAACA